CCAUCCAUUCUUUGUUACAACUUACACCUCUCCUUGUCAUUGAUCUCUUACAAAAAAAAUUAAUUAAUUUCCCCUCCCCAUUCUUUGUUACGUUGUAUCAGAUCUUGUAUUGGGAGCGAGGAGUAUCCAUCAGGUGAAAUUUUAGAAAAAUGAAAAAGGCCUUGGGUCAAACUGUGAGGGACCUCAAGCGAGGGGUGAACAAAAAUGUUCUAAAGGUCCCUUCCCUCGAGCAAAAAGUGCUUGAUGCAACUAGCAAUGACCCCUGGGGUGCUCAUGGAUCACUUCUUGCAGAUAUUGCUCAAGCUUCAACAAACUAUCAUGACUACCAAAUCAUUAUGCCUAUAAUUUGGAAGCGUCUCAAUGAUACUGCAAAAAAUUGGCGCCAUGUUUACAAGGCUUUAGUUGUUCUGGAUUACUUAGUAGCCAAUGGGUCGGAGCGUGUUAUACAUGAAAUAAGGGAACAUUCAUAUCAAAUAUCUAUGUUAUCUCAUUUUCAAUACAUUGACUCUACUGGAAAAGAUCAAGGAACCCAUAUUAGAAACAAAUCUCAGGCUCUUCUUCUUCUUGUCAAUGAAAAGGAGAAGAUACAACAACUCCGCCUAAAGGCAGCUACCAACAGGGACAAAUUCCACAACACAUCAAGGGGUGAUAUGCAUCGACCUGGUUCAUAUUCAACUUCAGGACAACGUUGUAGAGACAGAAAUGAAUACGGGAGAGAAAUAGAAUGGGGUUAUAGAGAGGAGGAAAAAUAUGGUAGACAUGAUGGGGAUCGCAGUUAUGAUGACCGUAGCCCAGAUGAUGAUCAUGUCGGAACAAGUCAGAGUGUAGAUGACUACAGUAAUGACUCAAGAUAUGACAACACGGAUGAUGGUCAAUACUCUCCUAGAGAAAGCGGUGCAAGGGCUGAGGAUCACUCUCAAGAUGGAAGUGUUAACGGUAUGCAACAUGAGAGAAGGUUUUCUGAACAAAACCUCGAUCUACCUCCCAGUUUUGAGGAAUCUAUUGGUGCAUCACAAAGCCCCAGACAGAGUGAGAGGAACGUGGAAACAACUUCAACAUCUGCUCCGAAAGCUUCCUCGCCUCAUGCAAUUGAAAGUCCAAACAAGGAAGCCACCCCUGCCCCUGCACCAGUUGCUGCUUCAUUGUCCACUCCACCAGAGAACAAGGAUAUUGAGAACUUUGAUGAUUUUGAUCCUCGGGCUUCUUUUUCAGUGGCCAGGGCUCAAUCAAACAAUCCUAUUCCAACUACUUCCAUUGGCACUGAAGUGGAUCCACUUGGCUGCUUAUCUGAUCCAUUUUCUUCAAAUUCAUUAGUCCUUGCAUCAACAGCUACAACCACGUCUGAGAUGUUUGAGGACCCUUUUGGUGAUGGUCCUUUCAAAGCCGUACCAACAUCAGACACAGUUCAAAAUCAGCCGCUGAACAUUUCUCCUCAAUCGUUCCCUCCUAACUCAAAUCUAAGUCCUGAACUGUGUGCUGAUAUACCGAGUAUAACAUAUGCAGCAACCAAUUAUGCUCAUCAGGAGUUGUCCACAUCCAACCAUGAUAUUGAUAUAUUGGCUGAUAUUCUCCCUCCUUCUGCUCCUUCACCUUCUCUGCAUCCCUCUAGUGACCAUGCAAUUUCAAGUGUCCCAUUUAUAGGGCAGACAGGUUUUCCAUCUUACACUGGGCUAGCUGUACAACCAACAGGUUAUACAACUACCCAUGUUCAGGAUGCUUCACCAACUGGUUUUGCAGCUCAACCUGGUUUACAGUUACCACAGUCUAGCUUUCCUAUUCACGGGCAACCUUUAUCUCAGAUUGGGUUAACUGGUCAAAUGAGCAAUUCUUCACCAUAUUUUUGUGGUUAUUCGCUUCAACCUGGCCAAAGACCACAUACAGGUUUUGGUCCGCAAAGUGGCCAAUUUGCACCUGUUAAUGGCUUCCCAUUUGCAUCGGGUUCCUUUCCCCAUCCUGAAAUUCAAGUAGCUGCUGGUCAGUCUAUGCAGACCAAUGUUAACAUUGGAGGUUACAACACGGGAUUGGGAGAUACAAGUUCAGUUAGAAUGCAAAUGGGUCAAACUCCUGCUGGACCAUCUUUCCUUGCGCAGGCAGCUACUGCAUCCCAUAUGCCUUCACAAAUGAAUCUUCAAUAUUCACAAAAUCAAACAAAUAAUGUGUCAAUGUCCAUACUCUCUACUCCAGUUUCAACAGCUCCCAUCAGCAGCAGUCAACCAGCCAAAGACAAAUUUGAGACAAAAUCUACCGUGUGGGCGGAUACACUGAGUCGUGGAUUGGUCAAUUUAAACAUUUCUGGAUCUAAGACAAAUCCUUUAGCUGAUAUUGGAGUUGAUUUUGAUGCUAUUAACCGCAAGGAGAAGAGGAUGGAGAAACCUAGUAUAACAACCCCUGUGACAUCAACUGUUACAAUGGGUAAAGCAAUGGGUUCUGGUUCUGGUAUUGGCCGUGCUGGUGCAGGUGCGCUAAGGCCUUUGUCAAAUCCAAUGGCAGGGGUUGGUAUGGGCAUAGGUGUUGGUGCUCCUGGAGUAUAUGGAGUAAGCCAGCCUAUGGGCAUGGGGAUGGCUAGACCAAUGAACAUGGGAAUGGACAUGGGGCAAGGAGUACAAAUGCAACAACCAACUGGUGGAUCUACCAUGCCAGGAGGCUACAAUCCCAUGAUGGGCAGAGGUAACUAUGGCCAACAACCAUUUGGUGGUGGAUACAGAUAAGCUUAAGGCUGUGAAUUUGGGAAACUAAAGAAGAUCAAAAGACUACGCGAUAGAAUGUACACUAGUGAAUAGUGUUGGCCUGUUUAGCCCACCAUCUGUUGUAGAGUUCAUAUUUUUGGAUUAGCAUUUGUAGAUAAGAGGAUAGAAUUCCAUCUUUCAGGGUUGUUUGGCAGUUGUGUAUAAUUUUAGGAUCACCUAUGUCAGGUGUCCUUUUUUGCAGCUUGAUCCAUUGGAGUCAUUAUUCAUCAUGUUACACUUGAGUUUAGUUGAUCUUUCAAUUUAUGCAUCGACA